AUGGCCAAGAACAAACUAAGAGGGCAGAAGUCCAGAAAUGUAUUUCAUAUAGCCAGCCAAAAAAAUUAUAAGACUAAAAACAAAGCAAAACCAGUUAUCACGAAUCUUAAGAAGAUAAACACUGUGAGUGAUGAAAAAGUUAACAGAGUGAAUAAAGCUUUCAUAGAUACACAAAGGGAACUUCCACAUUUCUCAAAAUUGAACCUUGAACCUCUACAGAAACAGGUGAUUCCUCAGCAUGACGUUCAGUCAUGA